GUCUUCUCCCUCCUAUCGCGCGCUAAGUACUUGCUUCGAUCGCCAUGAAUACCUUCUCCUCCCACAAUGCAAGGACGGCGCUGCUGCUCCUUGCACUGUCCUUUUCAUUGGCCGUGGCGAGCGACCCCAUGUUCUCGUGCGGCCCGUCAUCUGCGUCGCGGGCCUACCCUUUCUGCGACCGUUCGCUCCCCGCGGCGCGGCGCGCGGCGGACCUGGUGUCGCGGCUGACGGUGGCGGAGAAGGUGUCGCAGCUUGGGGACGAAGCGGCGGGAGUGCCGCGGCUGGGAGUGCCUCCGUACAAGUGGUGGUCGGAGGGCCUGCACGGGCUCGCCUUCUGGGGCCACGGCAUGCGGUUCAAUGGCACCGUCAGCGCCGUGACCAGCUUCCCGCAGGUGCUGCUCACCACCGCCUCCUUCGAUGAGAGCCUCUGGUUUCGCAUCGGCCAGGCCAUCGGCCGGGAGGCCCGGGCGCUAUACAACCUGGGACAGGCGGAGGGGCUCACUAUCUGGUCACCCAACGUGAAUAUCUUCCGUGACCCGCGCUGGGGCCGCGGGCAAGAGACACCCGGCGAGGACCCGGCGGUGGCCAGCAAGUACGCCGUCGCCUUCGUCCGGGGCAUCCAGGGGAGCAACCCCGCCGGCGCGGCGGCCGCGCCGCUCCAGGCCUCCGCUUGCUGCAAGCACGCCACGGCCUACGACCUCGAGGACUGGAACGGCGUGGCGCGCUAUAACUUCGACGCCCGGGUGACGCUGCAGGACCUGGCCGACACGUUCAACCCGCCGUUCCAGAGCUGCGUCGUCGACGGCAAGGCCAGCUGCGUCAUGUGCGCCUACACUGUGAUCAACGGCGUCCCCGCCUGCGCCAGCUCAGACCUGCUCACCAAGACGUUCCGAGGCGCCUGGGGCCUCGACGGCUACGUGUCCUCCGACUGCGACGCCGUGGCCAUCAUGCGUGAUGCGCAGCGGUACGAGCCCACGCCGGAGGACACCGUCGCCGUCGCCCUCAAGGCUGGUCUGGACCUGAACUGCGGGACGUACACCCAGCAGCACGGCAUGGCCGCCAUCCAGCAGGGGAAGAUGACGGAGAAGGACGUGGACAAGGCCCUCACCAACCUCUUCGCCGUGCGGAUGCGGCUCGGCCACUUCGACGGCGACCCGCGCGGCAACGCGCUGUACGGCCGUCUCGGAGCAGCGGACGUGUGCACCGCUGACCACAAGAACCUCGCCCUCGAGGCGGCGCAGGACGGUAUCGUCCUUCUCAAGAACGACGCGGGCAUCCUCCCACUCGACCGCUCCGCGGUGGGCUCCGCGGCCGUGAUCGGGCACAACGCCAACGACCCGCUCGUGCUAAGCGGAAACUACUUUGGCCCCGCGUGCGAGACCACCACGCCACUCGAGGGGCUGCAGAGCUAUGUCAGGAACGUGAGGUUCUUGGCCGGCUGCAGCUCCGCGGCCUGCGGCUACGCCGCGACGGGCCAGGCGGCCGCGCUGGCGAGCUCGGCGGAGUACGUGUUCCUGUUCAUGGGGCUGAGCCAGGAUCAAGAGAAGGAAGGGCUGGACAGGACGAGCCUGCUGCUCCCUGGCAAGCAGCAGAGCCUGGUCACCGCCGUUGCCAGCGCGGCGAAGCGGCCGGUGGUCCUUGUGCUGCUCACGGGCGGCCCCGUGGACAUCACGUUCGCGCAGUCGAACCCCAAGAUCGGCGCAAUCUUGUGGGCAGGCUACCCGGGCCAGGCAGGAGGGCUUGCCAUCGCUAGAGUCCUCUUCGGCGACCACAACCCCAGCGGCAGGCUGCCCGUGACGUGGUACACGGAGGACUUCACUAAGGUGCCCAUGACGGACAUGCGAAUGCGUGCCGAUCCGGCCACCGGAUACCCCGGCAGGACCUACCGUUUCUACCGGGGCAAGACCAUCUACAAGUUCGGAUACGGCCUCAGCUACUCCAAAUUCUCACGCCAGCUAGUCACAGGAGACAAGAACCUGGCCCCUAAUACGAGCCUACUUGCCCACCUUUCCGCGAAGACCCAGCAUGCCGCCACGAGCUAUUAUCACGUCGAUGACAUCGGCACGGUCGGGUGUGAGCAGCUCAAGUUCCCGGCGGAGGUCGAGGUGCUGAACCACGGUCCGAUGGACGGGAAGCACUCGGUGCUCAUGUUCCUCCGGUGGCCCAAUGCGACGGAUGGACGGCCGGUGAGGCAACUGAUAGGGUUCAGGAGCCAGCACAUCAAAGCUGGGGAGAAGGCCAACGUCAGGUUCCAUGUCAGUCCGUGCGAACACUUCAGUCGGACGAGGGCGGACGGCAAGAAGGUGAUCGACAGAGGGUCUCAUUUCCUCAUGGUUGGCAAGGAGGAGUUGGAGAUCAGCUUUGAAGCCUGAUGCCGUAACAGGAAAAGCGUUAUAAUUUACAGGUGUCGCCGGGAAAGUUGGUAACUUCAGCAUACAACACAAGAAGUCAAGUAAUUUAUAAUUCAUUCAUAUUUGCCUCUUCAAAAUGUUGGGGCUUUUACAUGUGAUUUAUUAUUAAGCAUAUUUAUCUAUCAAAUGUAAUCAUGUGUUAGGCGUAGAAUAUAGUUAAUUUAUUGUUAGGACCAUGGUGGUCCCUAAAA